CCUCUCUCCUCCCAUGUAAUCAAAUCAGUUUUUCUUCUUUUUAAGAGAUCCAUGUAACCAACAGUGAGAAGCUACAUGGGGGGGUAGAGGUAAGAAUGAGACCUGUAUAGAGACUGGAAGUGAGGGAUGUGAUUUCCCUCCCACCCCCAAAAACUCCCUAGGAACUGAUCAGCUUUCCAGAUCUCCACCUCUCUGAAGCAAAGGCGUAUGUAAGAAAACAUCCGUUUGGAAGCGUACAGUUUAUUUCAGCUAAAGAUGGUGCAAAGGAAAAAAUCUGCUCUGCAGGUGGUGUCCUUUAAAAGCUUCUGCAUUCUUUCACUCCUAGCAAAAUGGCUUUUAAAAACAGAUGACUUGUGAAUCUGUGCACAUAGCUGACAUUACAAGGAUAUUGUACAAAAGGCCACAUGCAUUCCAACCGACAUCUCUUGUGAAAGGGAGAUUCUAUGCUUUCAAAUGAAAAGAACAUCCUAAAAACACUGAUCCUUAACCGGAACAAGUAUUAAAGGGACCGCAUCAGAAUGUUUAUUAGUGCCAGGAAAGUCAGAAAAUGCCAAUUUGUGCAGAUACUUGCCACUUGCUUUGUACUGUCUCUCAUGAUUUUCUGGACACCACUUGAUAAUCAUAUUGUGAGCCAUAUGAAGUCCUAUUCUUACAGAUACCUCAUAAAUAGCUACACCUUUGUGAAUGAUAGCCUGUCCCUUAGCAGGGAAAACCUGGACAGGGUAGCAAGAUACCGAUAUUUGAUCAACCACAAGGAAAAAUGUCAACAGCAAGAGGUCCUCCUUCUAUUGUUUGUAAAGACUUCUCCAGAAAACCGGCAUCGGCGAGAUGCAAUUCGACAAACCUGGGGUAAUGAAAAAUAUGUAUAUUCUCAUCUUCAUGCCAACAUUAAAACUGUUUUUGCUUUAGGACGACCAACAGAUCAUAUGCAGAGAGCACAGAUGCAAAGAAAACUUCUAAUGGAAGACCAGAAAUAUAAUGAUUUGAUCCAACAAGACUUCUUGGAUACUUUUCACAAUCUCACCCUUAAGUUACUUUUGCAGUUUGGAUGGGUGAAUGCAUACUGCCCACAUGCCAAGUUCAUUAUGUCCGCAGAUGAUGAUAUUUUUAUUCACAUGCCAAAUCUUGUUGCAUAUCUCCAAAGUCUAGUGGAAAUUGGCGCUCAAGAUAUCUGGAUUGGGCGUGUCCAUCGUGGAGCUCCUCCCGUGAGAGAUAAGACUAGCAAAUACUACGUUCCAUAUGAAAUGUACCAGUGGCCUUCUUAUCCUGACUACACAGCUGGAGCCGCAUAUGUAAUAUCAAGUGAUGUAGCAGCUAAAGUAUAUGAGGCUUCACAGACCCUUAAUACAAGUCUUUAUAUAGAUGAUGUUUUCAUGGGUCUCUGUGGCAAUAAAAUGGGAAUUGUACCACAAUAUCAUGUAUUCUUUUCUGGGGAAGGAAAGGCUCCAUAUCAUCCCUGCAUCUAUAACAAAAUGAUAACCUCUCAUGGACAUGUAGAAGACCUUCAUCACCUUUGGAAGCAGGCAACAGAUCCAAAAGUCAAAAGCUUUUCCUCUAGAUUUUUGGGUAGACUAUAUUGCAAAAUAAUUAACAUUAUGCUUCUUUGCAAACUACACUAUGAGGACACAUAUCCCUGUUCAGCUGCAUUUUCCUAAUACUUGAAUAUCUGCAUAGAGUUUCACUGAGCCAAAAUGGAGUGACAACUUUUUAAUGGUUUAUCCAAAAUAUACAUAAAGUAAACAUGAAAAGAGGUAAGAUUAAAAUGUGAAUAGCUUUUAGGUCCCAAAUUAUUCUGCUCAGGAACUUUGUCAGAAUAACUCUCUAUUGCUGUAUUAGUUUCCACAUACUGCACCCUGUAUUUUUUACACUCCUUUUCAAGGGAUUUAAAUCUUGAAUAGAUAUUGACUGACUUCAUUUUUUAGAUAUUGAAAAGCCUGUGAAAAGUAAUUGAAUUUGGGAGUACAGAAUUUGUCAAUAACCCUUGUUAAUUGCAUUCUUCCAUUUGAAAACCAGUGUGUAAAUUAAGGCACAUCACUUCAAGGCAACAGCUUGCAGUUGAUGCACCACUUAAACAUCCAUAAAUAGCACUUUCCAAACAAAAGGAAAUGAUAGUUCUGGUACCAUGAGUAGAAGGGUAUGAUGGCAAUUUAAAGUCUGAGUAAACUAGUCAAAUGGUCACCAUUUCUGAAUACAAUUCAGCAAAGUGACUCUUUAAAAAUCAAAAUAAGCCACAACUGGUGCUAGAGGUGAAAGCUUGCUAAAACAUUUUGUUCUCUUGAGAUUACCUAAAUCCUGCACAACAUUUGGGUGGGGGAAAUGGCAUGCAAGCUGUCCUUCUAACUGGUGCUUUCAGGUAAUACACAAGCUCUGUUUAGAACCGGAAUUUACGGGAAGGUACAUUCAUAACUUCUGCCACACUGCUUCAACUACAGCAAUAUUUUGAAAAUGAAGUAACUUUUUUUUUUUUUUAAUCUGAAAACACUUUCUGAAGUGGUAUUUUUAAACAUUCCAAUCAGUCAUUGGUAAACUAAGAGCACAUGUAUCGAGGAUGGCCUUCCAGCUGUAUCUUUCAAAAAUACACUUCUGUCUCCCUAGUUGUCUUCCCUCUUGAAAAUUAAAUUAAACUUCUCCAUUAAAUAAUUCAAGGGAAGUCUGUCAUAACAUAGUUAAUUCAGAUUAUUCAAAAAGUUGAAGCCAAAUUUAUCCAAACUUGAGCACUAACAGAGAAAGAUGUGAGGAGCUGAAAGUAAGGGUAGACUGCACAAAGAAGGGAUAAGGUGAAAAUAGUGACAGUAACAUGUAAAGAUGCAACAUUUAUUAAGAAAAUUACAAAGAAUCCACUAAAUUGUCCUCUCUUAAUCUAAUUGGUUUCAAGCCAAUCUUUGUCUUAUGGCCAUGGGAAGAAGUCAGUGUCAAAAUAGAAAAUCUGUAUCUUCAACCAAUUCUAUUUCAUAUGUUACUCUUGCCUCUUUAACAUGAGCAAAUAGCUUAACCUGCCGUUUGCAAAGGCUAGAAGUAGGUGCUAUUAAGACCCAGACCACCACCACCACCGCUUGUAAUCUGAUAGUUCAUAACCAGGUCCAAAACUCUAAAGUCCAGUUCUGGGAGAAGGACUCCACACUCUGUUAUUAGUCUUGUUGUAACAAUGUUUCUGUGUACUUUGUGGACAGGUAUUUGUUAGUAACUCUAGUAGCCAAAGCCAUGGUAGCUGCUUGGAUGCUGGUAGAUGUGGAUGCAAGUGGUGUUUGUCUCUUAUUUUGAGAGCUGUUUGACAUUGGUAUGAGUUCCAGUGUGAACAGGGUCAUAAAAUCACUUCAGAAUGCUUGAAUUCAAAUCUUCACCCAGUGGCAUAGCAGUAGAAAUGCAAAACAAAGGCUGGAAAUGACAAGGAGUCUGUCACUUUUAGUGGAGCUUUGUCAUGUUCUAGGAGGUGGGCUCUUCAGCUCCAAGAGAGGUGCUAUUUGCUUUCUAAGAGAAUAUCCACAGUAGCCUUUUUCCCUAAAUUUCCCAGCACCGACACCACCACUGCUGUAGAUGACCAUGUGGGAGCACUAAAGUAGACCAGUCACCGUAUUUAACUCUAACUUUGCUCAGAGCAGGUCUAGAUGAUCUGCUCAUUUUACAAUGCAGGCAACUGCGUGUACCUUCUUGUUUAAGCUAGUGCUUCCUCUAUUGCAACCAUCUGUAGGGCUGCAUCAGUGGUAGUACGCAGGCAUCUUAAGGGGAAAAAAGGCUAGUGUCAACAAGAUCCAGGAGAGAACUCUCAGCUGGUUAUUGGGGCAUGAUUGAUAUUUGCCUCUCUGCAAGCCACUCUUCCAGCUGGGAUAAGAGCUUGAUAUCUACUAGAAUGAGUAAUCAUACAGAUUAGGUGUUUCUCCGGAGUGAAGGUGUAAGGAAACCACUGGACUGAGCACAGUUGGAUCCAGGUGUUGACUACACAGAGAAACCUACGAAGCGAGACUUAGUCCAUUACCACAAUGCAAAAGUGAUGGCUGAAAAAUGAGAAAAUUAUCCCAUCCUGCUGGAUAAUGUUGUAUAAUUCUGCAGCUCUAAAAUGUUUACAGCAAAACCUAUCCAGUUAAUCCAUGCUCUUUAAUUAGAAAAGAGAUUGAUAUACACUACUCAAAACUAGCUUUGCUUAACCAGUGUUGAAUUUAUAAUGGCAAAAUAACUAAAAUAUUACAAGUUAUAGAUCUAAAUUCCUGAGAAAUCUAAAAAUACAUUGCACUGUGGAAAUACUUUUAUAACUGGCGGAAAUUUUUUUGAUUGCACUAGCCACUUUGAAUUGAAAAUAGCCUGUGGCAGAAAUGACAUAAUAGAAAUCCCAGCUAGUAUAAAAUAGUUAAAAUGCAGUAUGCUUUUAGAUGUAUACAAUUAAGGCCGUGAUCCCGCAAGCAAAUGUAGUGAUUAACUUGACUCAUGUGAGUCAAGUUAAGCAUAUACUUACAGGUUUGUAGGAUUGGGGCAUAAGUUAGCAUCUAUAACUUGUAAUUUUAUUUAAAAACUUAAUUUGCCAUUGGGUGAAAAGAUCCAAUGUCCCUCUUGACCAUUGAAAUGCUUUUGUUUACAGGAGGUCUGUUUUGUUAGGAAUAUUCCUUAUCUUAAAAAGGACUUUGAUGUUUGUAAUUUGGCUUUUUAUUAUGAUUUUUUGCUGCAGUUUAAGAGAAAGGGUUUAUAAAUUUGAAGAAAAUAUGAUGGCACUCCUUUCAAAGAAUGGAGAAGCUAGAAAAUUUCUUAACCUUUUGGCUCUAAACAUGGACUUAAAAUUCGUACUCCUUCGUUUAGUUUUGUUUUUUUGUUUUGAGAGAGAGAGAGGCAUGUCGGUGCUCCAAUGCAGGGCUUUCAUGUUUUAUUUUCACAAUUAAAACAUGCAACAGCCUGAAUGGUCACUUCUCAAUUAGCAUUUUUGACAUUGUUGCACAAAAUGUUUAAUGCUGAAAUUGUUUUUACCUGUUUGUUGGUUUGCAUCAAGUUUCCUUUGAUAUUACUAAUUUUUAUACAAAAUUAAAUAUUUAUUCUUGAAACCUUUUGCUCUAUCACAAAAGACAAUUGUUUUGUAAAACUUUUCUGUUUUGAAUAAACAGGGUUUGUGUAUAUAUAGAUAUUUUUUUAAACUGGCAAACCUUUUUGCCUUUCAGAAUUUCACUACUUGUACCUGACAUCAACAGCUUUGGUGCUUAA